GGAGACGGAAGCGUGUCUUCCUGUUUGGCAGAAGGAGGAAGCAGGAUGUGUGAAAUCUCACAUGUGCUUGUUGUUAUGAGCGACGUGCAGUAAUAUUUCUGUAGCGGUGUGUCCAUGCCUAUCAGAGCCAGCAUCUUCCUCUUCUGUUUAGUUCGGAUAACUAUGGCCCAGCUCUUGGCACAAGAAGAAAAAGAAAAAACGACUGCACUAAAAGAUUUAUUGUCCAGGAUCGAUUUAGACGAGCUGAUGAAAAAAGACGAGCCUCCACUGAACUUUCCUGAAACUCUGGAUGGGUUUGAAUAUGCCUUCAAUGAACAUGGUCAGUUGAGACACAUACACACAGGGGAGCCGUUUGUCUUCAACUAUAAAGAGGACCUGCAUAGAUGGAACCAGAAAAGAUAUGAAGCAUUGGGAGAGAUCAUUACAAAGUAUGUUUAUGAAUGCCUGGAAAACGACUGCAACCUGAAGAAGGAGAUCCUCCCCGUCGAUUCGACUGUGGAUGAACCGAAAAGCUUUAUUUACAUGAGCGAGGAUGCCCUCACUAACCCAGAGAAGAUCAUGGUUCUCAUCCAGGGCAGUGGAGUGGUGAGGGCAGGCCAGUGGGCUCGACGCCUCAUCAUUAAUGAAGACCUCAACAGUGGGACACAGAUACCCUUCAUUAACCGUGCCAAAGAGGAGGGCUACGGGGUGAUUGUGCUGAACCCCAACGAGAACUCUCUGGAGGUGGAGAAGGUUCCGGAUUCAGCCAAGAAACUGUCCCCGGAUGCCUCUGAUGAGCCGGCUGAAAAGAGAGAGAGGAAGGAAGAGCGGGAGAACAAGAAAAAGAAGGACUUUUAUGAGAAGUAUCGCAACCCACAGAAGGAAAGAGAGAUGGAGCACAUCCCGAUACGAGAAAACAGCACUCCAGAGGAACACACUCUCUAUGUGUGGGACCACUUCAUCUCUAAAUCACUUGCGAAAAGCAUCUUCAUCGUGGCACACAGCUAUGGUGGCUUAUCAUUCGUGAAUUUGGCUAAAUCUUAUGUUUGAGAAGAUCUCUCCAUCAGAAAGCGUCCAGAAAUUGGUAGUAGUUGGGAGUUGAUUUUCAGUCCUUCUGCCACCUGAAAGAGUCCAAAGAUGUACUUCUGGGCACUCCAGGUACG